UAUUCUUACCCAUUGAAUGGCCUUAUAUUCUUAUACCCUUAUCAAAUUUGCUUGUGUUUUAGCGGUAUCUUAUUCUUAAUGUGCCAUGCUGGCACCAUUUCAUGAUCAUGCCCUGUCUGCAUGUUAUUCACGUGUUCUAUAGAUGAAAACGAACAUGGCUACCCCAAGUUUUGCGUUUUGAAGAUGUUCGAUGCUGGGACUGGACUUGCUUUAUAUCUUGAAUAAAAGCUUAAAUUUUACAUUCUUGUAACGAAGUAACUAUGAAUUAUUUUGGACGUCUUGUGAACGGAAUUCGCGGUUAUUACAGCGAAAUAAAUUCUGCAACGUUAACUGGUGCAAUUGACGUAAUUGUCGUACGACAAUCGGACGGUUCUUUUGUUGGAUCUCCUUUUCAUGUUCGUUUUGGAAAACUUGGUGUUCUUCGCAGCCGAGAAAAAGUUGUUGACAUCAGUAUUAAUGAUGAACCUGUUAUGGAUUUACACAUGAAACUGGGAGAUGGUGGUGAGGCUUUCUUUGUUAAGACAUGUGAAGCUGAGGAUGUCCCCCAAUAUCUCUGUACAUCCCCCAUUCCGGACACAGAUAGUCUCAUUAGUGAUGGGUUAGCAAAAAUGAAGAAACAAAUAAAGGAAAAUGAGGAGCAGGAGAAUUUUAAGGAUACCAUAUUAUCUCAGGACAAAGAUAAUGAAGAACCACAAAUUGAUUGUGAUCAUGAUAAUGAUAAUGUUGAUAUUGUGAACAACAUUAACAAGAAUCACAGCGAAUCCACUUUUAUGAAUAGGUCUAAAGUUAUUGCUAUUCCCAACAAGAAAUUAAAACCACAUUUUCAUCAAGCAUUGGAUGAUUUUUAUCCAUUGUCUGACCAUGAUACCCCCAUCAACACACCAAAAAAUCAAAGUCCGUCAAAAAAUGAAGGUGUAUUGUACACACCAAGAUAUUCAAGUGACACAGAAGUUGAUUACAAUGCUGAACACCAAGAGACAAAUUUUAAGGCAACAUGGAACUGGGGUCGAUUGCCAGAGGGCUUGAAUGACUUGCCAUGGGAGAGAAAGUCAAUUCCCGAACUGAAGAAAGAAGUGAAAAAAGUUCAAGGGAAACUGCCACACAAGAAGUACCAGGUCUGUGAUCAACAUCAUGGAAUUUAUUUACAAGAUUUAUUAAGUGCUGACGAGGAAAUAACUAGUCGUUAUCUUCAACGAAACACAAGACACCGCGAGAAAAAAAGUUCGCAUACACAUAGAAGAAAGACGAACAAAAAUAGAUCGCUUCCAACUUCGAAAAGCGACACGCAUCUGGCUCAAAUGGAUAAAGUUCAUAAUAUGACUAUGUUUAAAAAUAUUAAUUCCACCAUUGAUAACAUAAAGAGUGACUCAGAACUCUGCACUCGUCUUGAAAAAUCUUCCGAACUGGAAUCUCCCAUUAAAAGCAAUACUAUGGAGGAUGUCAAGAGUGACAUGGAUGGUUGUAAAAGUGAUGCUGACUCUGGUGUUGGCUCAUCAACCUCACCUUGUGAUGAGAAGAGCGAGGAUAGUGAAUACACGAACAUUGCUUUUUCUUUGUGUGGUGAAUUGAAACGAGGAAAAGUUUCUCUUGAACGUUUUAUGGCAUCUUUUGUAAGUUUUGAAGACUUUUCAAAAGAACCAACACAAAUUCUUUCCAAUCCUAAACUUGUAAUACGUAUCAAUGACAGAUAUUACAAUGCCAGUGUUGCUGUUCCGUUAUUGAUAAGUUCAAUUGUGUACCAACGACGUUUACCAAAGAUUUGCAUCGACUCUCUUGAGAAGGAACAUAUGCCAAAGAAAACCAAACGACGGGGAUAUUCUUCGUGGUUUUCGUGGCGCUCCCCUCCGGAACAUAACGACAGUACAGAUGAAGAAUCCGAAAGAAAUGUAUAUAGCAGAGACAAUAAGAUAGCUGAAACCGAAAAUAUUUCACACACGGAAGCUGUAGAACUUUCGUCACAUGACCAAUUGGAGAGUGGUGGAGAAACAGAUUUAAAUUUAGAAACUACGGCAACAGAGACUUAUAAAAAAGUGUUAGAGCUCUCCUCAGAACAGCUGGCGAGUUUAAAUCUUAAAGACGGAGCUAACGAAGUGACGUUUUCUGUGACAACCAAAUAUCAGGGCACGGCGAAAUGCACGGCAUCAAUUUUUCUCUAUGAUUAUAAAGACAAGAUAAUUAUCUCGGACAUUGAUGGUACUAUAACGAAGUCUGAUGUUUUGGGACAUAUUUUACCGGCAAGCUAUUGGGCGCAGUCUGGUGUGGCAAAGCUUUUCAGUUUCAUUCAAAAGAACGGUUAUAAGUUUAUGUAUUUAUCGGCGCGUCCCAUUGGCCAGGCUGAAUUAACGCGACAGCAUUUGAAAAAUGUUGUACAGGAGAAUCUUAGUUUACCCAAUGGUCCACUCUUUUUGUCUCCAAGUUCUUUGAUCAAAGCUUUUCACAGAGAGGUAAUAGAGAAAAGACCUCAAGAUUUUAAGAUACCAUGUCUUAGGAAUAUUCGUAAACUGUUUCCAUCCACUAGAGAGCCUUUUUUUGCUGGCUUUGGCAAUAGAAUGAACGAUGUUUUGUCGUAUCGUGCUGUUGGUAUUCCUCUUCAAAGAAUCUUCACGGUAAAUCAUAAGGGUGAAGUGAAGAAUGAAUUCACCAACGCUUUUCAAUCGUCCUAUACUGAGUUACAACAUCUCGUUGAUCAAAUCUUUCCUCAUUACCUUGAGGCUACAAGCCUCGUGGCGUCAGAUCAAUUUAGCUCAUUUACAUAUUGGAGAACUCCGCUGAGCAAUGUGGAGGAUUUUGAAUCUUAUGAGCAAUCGUCAUCAGUGGUGGAGGGUGAGACAAGCAACCAAUAAGGUGUGAGAUAUCUUUUUGCUGAGUUGCGUAAAAUCUUAUUAAUACUACCCAAUCAUCACAGGUCGUGUAAUCUUCGAAACAUUAUAUCGAUAGUAAAGUUGUCGACAGUAGAGAAAAUUUGAUAUGGUUUAUUUUGUUAAUAAUAAAUGAUAAAACAGUAUGAAAAAAUCUAAAUAUUUAAAAUUGAUAUAUAUUUAAGUAUUUCAUUGAAAGGUUGUUUGUACAUUGUCUUCAACAACGCAGUAGAGAAUGUAUUAUAAAUCCUUCAGUAAAAAUAUUAGAUUAAUUCAA